AUGUCUAUCCAUAGUCUCAUAGACACGUCUCCGCCCAUUCAUCGUGGGAUGGUCGCCCUCGACAGGGAUGCCUUCCACAAACCCGUCCCGGUCCUCGCAGCCAAGAUUACGCCCAAGAUCACCGGAGUGUUCAUCCGGGCACCCACACUCAAGACGUUGCUUAUGGAUCUUCCGAGAGUGUUACCCGUUCACAAGGCGCCGGACAACGAUCGCCUGGUACUCUUCAAGUUUUCGGAUGAAGCUGAUCUGACUCCCGAGGCUGCCGAGUUUCUCCAGCAGCAUUCUGCUCAGCUCGUCAAGCAUACUUUGCAUUUCCACUAUGAUGACUGGAACGCUGAUGAAAUCUUGAAUGCUGUUCUGCCCGAAGACUUGUCUGAAGGCGCGCCGCCCUCUAGUUUCGCCGUUUCAGGGCAUAUCGCUCAUAUGAAUCUCCGUCCUGAGUAUUAUCCGUACAAGUACUUAAUUGGCCAAGUGAUCUUAGACAAGAACCCGGGAAUAAAGACCGUCGUCAACAAAAUAGACAACAUCAGCAAUCAGUUCCGCAUCUUCAAUAUGGAACUUCUGGCCGGCGAGCCCGAUUACAAAGUCGUGCACCACGAGGCCAACUGCCGGUUUACCUUCGAUUUCACGCAGGUGUACUGGAACUCGCGGCUGAACCACGAGCACGAACGCAUAGUACAACUGUUCAGUCCCCAGGAUGUCAUCGCAGACGUUUUUGCCGGCGUCGGCCCCUUUUCCAUCCCGGCGGCAAAGAAGGGAUGCGGUGUCCUCGCGAACGAUCUCAAUCCGAAAAGCUAUAAAUAUUUACGGCAGAACAUAGAUGAUAACAAGGUGACGCAGCUGGUGCGGCCAUCCUGCGAGGAUGGCAGAGGAUUUAUCGGAGAUGUGUUCAACAACAUCUAUGACCUCCCGCUGCCACCAGUGCUUCCAUCAGAGCCGAGCAGAAGUCAGCUCAGGCGGCUCUCGAAGCAACAGAGAGGCUCGCCGCACGCAAAUCCCGCCCCUGUAGAUGCGGUACCGCUAGUCCCGCCCCGCAGACGUAUCACGCAUUUCGUCAUGAAUCUGCCAGACUCGGCGAUCGAAUUCUUGGAUGCGUUUAGAGGGGUGCUACGACCUGUCUUCGGGUCGCGGGAUUUAAGCGGGCUUUACUAUAGCACGUCGAAGCUGCCGAUGAUCCACUGUUAUUGCUUCGCGCGAGAACGAGAGCCAGAGAGUGCGGAGUCCGAUAUCCGGCGGAGAGUGGAGGAGAAACUGGGACAUGCACUGGGGCAGGAGAUGUCGUUGCACUUUGUGCGCGCUGUGGCCCCGCACAAGCAAAUGUACUGUAUUAGCUUCCGUCUACCGUACAAAGUGGCAUACGCUGCCUGA